CUCUCUCUCUCUCUUUUCCCCUGUUAGGAAGCACCCCUGCACCAGGACGCAUUCUGUUGCGUGGACGGUGUAAAUGUAGAGUAGAGAGAGAGUGUGUGUGCCUCUUUUUCUUUUUAAAUUGCUUUUGUUUCUAUUUCCUCUCUUGCCUCUUUGUUUACAUACCAGACUUACAAACAUACACAACACAAACAUACGGUAAAAGGAACAAAAACACUUCCACAACAAGGAAAAGUUUACUGGCCUAAGAAAAAAAGAUUGGCCAGUUUAAGGAGAUAUCAUGCACUCAUUAUACCCACACGAUGAUUUAUCGCCACCUGCUACACCACCCAGCAGCAGUAGCAGUACCACCACCACCAGCAGCAGCAGCAGCAGUAGCAGCAAUAGUAGCGGCAAUAGUAGCAGUGACAGUAGUAGUACCAGCACCGGUACCACUGGCAACAAAACUAAAACUAGGAGCAGUUCUAACUGUUCUAACGACGACAACGAAGGCGAAAAGAGUAGCAACAACAAGCGACCUUUACAACGACUCCGCUCAUCCUAUGUCGACUUGAGCAUGGGCGACAAUCCCGCUCAGCUUUCAUCUACAUUGGCCAAAAGCCGACUGGAUUACAUUAGUCAGGUCAAGACCACAUUUCAACAACUUUCAAAUCGACAAAAACAUGCGUUUCUGUCGGAAUUGCUCAACUGUUGCGACAACCAACUCCUUGCGUUCGCGCAUACACUUAUUGCACCUCGGCUCAAGAUUGACUUUCUGAAACAACUGCCUAUUGAGCUAGCGCUGCACGUCUUGUCAUUUAUUGACGAUCCCCAGACACUGGCUCGUGCAUCACGAGUAUCUCAGUUUUGGAAUGACCUAUCAAAAGAUGAAUCCACAUGGAAGGCACUGUGUCUAAAACAUUAUCGCUUGGUGCGCCCGUUCCCUCUUGUUUCUUCUUCUGCGAUAACAACAACAAAGAUGACGACACAGCAGCAGCAACAACAGUUAUUAGCAUCAAUACUAUCCAGCAGUGGUAGUAGUAGUAGUAGUACGACGACAACGGUUUGCGGAGGCGUUAAUGGUCAACAACAGCAACAACAACAACAACAACAGCAGCAGCAGCAGAUCGUCUCUUACAAAGAAUAUUUCAGGCGCAAAUACAAUAUUGCGCAUGCAUGGAAACAAGGAGGGAAAAAGACAACGUGUGUAAAUAAUAUCGGCUCGGCCCUAGUCACAAGCUUACAGGUCCAAGACCCAUAUGUUGUCGUUGGCUGUGACAAUCACAAUAUCGAGGUAUUCGAUAGCACAACAGGCAAGCAUCUGCGUACACUAUCUGGCCAUGAAGGCGGCGUGUGGGCAUUGCAGUUUGUAAAGGAAAGCAACGGUGAUAACGACGAAUACGUUUUGGUGUCAGGUGGUUGUGAUCGUGAAGCUCGUGUUUGGGAUCUAAAGACGGGAGAGCAACGCCAUGUGCUUCGAGGGCAUUCAUCUACCAUCCGAUGCCUCAAGAUGCGUGACACUAAGCUUGCUGUGACGGGAUCACGCGAUGCUACGAUGCGAGUCUACGACAUUGAACGAGGCGUGCUACUCCAUGUGUUGCUAGGACAUCAAGCCAGUGUACGAUGCUUAGAUAUCCAUGGUAAUAAGGUAGCAUCCGGAUCGUACGAUUCUACAGCACGCCUAUGGGAUCUAGAGACGGGGCGAUGUCUCCAUGUGCUUGUGGGUCAUCACUCACAAAUCUAUGCUAUUGCAUUUGACGGCCGACGAGUGAUUACCGGAUCUUUGGAUUCCAACAUACGCGUGUUUUGUCCAAACACAGGACAGUGUCUAGCCACAUUGUAUGGCCAUACUUCGCUCGUAGGCCAACUUCAACUCCUGCCUUCGGAUCCAUCAAUCCUUGUCAGCGGUGGAAGCGACGGCUGUUUGAGGGUUUGGGAUCUGGAGCAAUAUGAGUGUCGACAUAGAAUCUCUGCACAUGAUAACUCGGUCACAUGUUUGCAAUUUGACGAUCGACGGAUUAUUUCUGGAGGUGCUGACGGCAAGGUGAAGUUGUGGGAUUUGGAAACUGGACGCCUUAUCCGACUAUUUUCGAACCCGGCUCGAACUAUUUGGAAAUUAACGUUUAAUGAAACCAAGGCAAUCGUCGUUAUGCAGCGUCAAGAAGAACCAAGUCUUGUACAAACCACCAUCGAGCUUCAUGAUUUUGACCUAUCGCCGUGAAAUCUCUUUCUCUCUCUCUCUCUCCACCAGUCAAAUCCAUCACUACAAACCUUCUUCCUCUCCCCGACAUACUAUCCCAAACCUCAUUUUGUAGAAAACAACUGAAAAGUAGAAAAUCCUUGUUUCCUAAUCACCUCAAUAACCAUACCAAAACAAUCCAUACCAUCAUACUCACACACACAUACACAUACCACUAUGUCGUCUUGUCUUGAACAAAAUUAAUUUUCUAUUGAUUGCCUUUUUUUGAUAUCAUUGUUUCUUUCACUCUUCCCAUUUGCACAGACGUCCAUUUUCUUUACACGCGCACCCUUUUUUGCACAUAUUUCACUCUUCCUUUCUGUUUCUUUUGUC